AUGGCCACUUCUGGAAAAGUUAUCAGAUGCAGAGCUGCAGUUGCCUGGGCCGUGGGCAAACCACUCUCUGUGGAGGAGGUGGAGGUGGCACCUCCAAAGGCAGGUGAAGUCCGUAUCAAGAUUGUGGCCACAGGCAUCUGUCGCACAGAUGACCACAUUUUGGAAGGCUGCUUUCCUAAUGUGGAUUUCCCAGUUAUCCCAGGCCACGAAGGAGCUGGGAUUGUGGAAAGUGUUGGAGAAGGCGUGAUCUCUGUGAAACCAGGAGACAAAGUCAUCCCUAUUUCCCUUCCUCAUUGCGGGGAAUGCAGCUUCUGCCUGAAUCCUGAAUCCAACUACUGCCUGAAGUCCCACUUGUCUGAACCACAAAACCUGCUGCCUGACAAGACCAGCCGGUUCACGUGCAGAGGGAAGCAGAUCCACCACUUUCUGUGGGUCAGCACCUUUGCAGAAUACACCGUGAUCCCGGAGUGUGCUGUUGCCAAGAUAGAUGCUGCUGCGCCUCUGGACAAAGUCUGCUUGCUCGGCUGUGGGUUUUCCACAGGCUACGGGGCUGCCAUCAACACCGCCAAGGUAAAACCAGGCUCCACCUGCGCCAUCUUCGGCGUCGGAGGAGUUGGCCUCUCUGUCGUCAUGGGCUGCAAGGCGGCUGGAGCUUCUCGCAUCAUUGCUGUUGAUAUCAACAAGGACAAGUUUGCCAAGGCCAAGGAGCUCGGAGCCACUGACUGCAUCAGUCCUCAGGACUUCAAGAAGCCCAUCCAGGAGGUGCUCACUGAGAUGACCGGCCACGGCGUGGACUACUCCUUUGAGGUCAUCGGGCAUGCGGAUACCAUGACUGCUGCCCUGGCCUCCUGCAAUAUGAACACUGGCGUCUGCGUGAUGGUUGGGGUACCAGCUUCUGGUUCAGUGAUUUCCAUUGAUCCUAUGCUUCUGCUGUCUGGGCGUACAUGGAAGGGGACCCUGCUCGGAGGUUGGAAGAUGAGAGAUUCCAUCCCCAAAUUAGUUUCCAGCUAUUUGGAGAAGAAAUUCAACUCAGACUUGCUGAUCACGCACACACUGCCGAUUGCUAAAGUGAAUGAGGGAUUUGAGUUGUUACGUGCAGGAAAAAGUAUUCGCAGCGUCCUGCUCUUUUGA